GGCGAGGCUAACCGAAAGGUAAAGCUUCCCAGAAAAUUUCAUUUGCAACCCCUUUCUUUAUGAGUUUUCAACCCUUGCGCCUUUUUGGCGGCCAAAUUCUGAAAGCGGAGUCCGCCACUUUGGCGCAAGUCAUCCAAACCUACGCAAAAACCAAGCAGCUAAACAAAGGCAAAGAGCUCCACGCUCACCUCCUCCGCACUCAUUACCCACUAUGCAUUUUCCUCACCAACCACCUCCUCAAUAUGUACUCCAAAUGCGGGCACGUCGAUUAUGCCCUCAAGCUUUUCGACCAAAUGCCUCACCGAAACUUGGUUUCCUGGACUGCAAUGGUAACUGGGUUUUCUCAGAACAUGAGGUUCUCGGAGAGUUUCAAGAAUGCUGGGGAGAGCCCGACCCAGUUUGCAUUUGCAAGUGUCAUCAGAGCUUGUGUGGUUAUUGGGUCGGUUGAGAUUGGGAGGCAGCUGCAUUCUCUUGCUUUGAAAUUGGGCUUGGCUUGUGAGCUGUUUGUGGGCAGUAGCUUGGCGGAUAUGUAUUCGAAAUGUGGGUUCAUGGUUGAGGCUUGUAAGGUUUUCGAGGAAAUGCCGAGUAAGGAUGCUGUAUCGUGGACUUCGAUGAUUGAUGGGUAUGCAAAAAGUGGGGAUUUUGAGGCAGCUUUACUGAGUUAUCAGAGGAUGAUCAAUGAUGGGAUUGGUGUAGAUAAAUAUGUUGUUUCCAGUGCAUUGAGUGCUUGUUCUGCACUGAAGGCUUGUCAGUUGUGUUCAUUCGACGGUUGUGAAGUUAGGAUUGGAAGUAGAGGUUGCUGUGGGAAAUGCUCUGGUUGAUAUGUACUCGAAAUCAGGUGAUAUGGAGAGUGCUUUAA